CACAGGGAGAAGCCUUAUAGCUGUAAUCAAUGUGGGAAGAGUUUUACUCAUUCAAGUAAUCUGAAAACACACCAGAGAACACACACAAGAGAUAAGCCUUACAGCUGUGAACAGUGUGGCAAGAGUUUUACUCAGGCAAGCAACCUGGUAUCACACCAGAGAACACACACAGGAGAGCAGCCAUACAGAUGUGAUCAGUGUGGCAAGAGUUUUACUCAGUCAAGCAACCUGGUAUCACACCAGAGAAUACACACAGGAGAGCAGCCGUAUAGCUGUGAGCAAUGUGGGAAAAACUUUUCUCGGGGAGAACGCCUUAAAGAGCACCAGAGAACACACACAGGGGAGAAGCCUUAUAUCUGUGACCAGUGUGGCAAGAGUUUUACUCAGUCACGCAACCUGCUAUUACACCAGAGAACACACACAGGAGAGCAGCCAUAUAGCUGUGAGCAAUGUGGCAAGAGUUUUACUCAGUCAAGCAACCUGGUAUCACACCAGAGAACACACACAGGAGAGCAGCCAUAUAGCUGUGAGCAAUGUGGGAAAAGAUUUUCUCGGAUAGAACACCUUAAAGGACACCAGAGAACACACACAGGGGAGAAACCUUAUAGCUGUAAUCAGUGUGGGAAGAGUUUUACUCAGUCAAACAGCCUGAAUAGACACCAGAGAACACACACAUGAUAGAAAUCAUAUAGCUGUAAUCAGUGUGGGAAGAGUUUUAUCACCAGAGAGCACACACAGGAGACACUGAUCUGCUCUGACUUUGAAGAGCUUUGCUUCCCUAAGAAACCUGACACAACACCAGAGAACACACACAGGAGAGAAGCCUUAUAGCUGUGAUCAGUGUGACAAGAGAUACUCUCAUUCAAGUGGUCUGAUUCAACAUCAGAAAAUACAUGCAGGAGAUCCACAGGGUGUAGAAUAACCGACACCAGACCUAUAUACAUCAAAUCACAUUUUAUUUGUCACAUACACUUGUUUAGCAGAUGUUAUUGUGGGUGUAGAAAAAUGCUUGUGUUUCUAGCUCCAACAGUCAAAUUAACAAUACACACAAUAUAAAG